AUGACUGACACCUGCUGUUCCAGAACUUGCAUCAUUACUGCCUCCACCUUGUCCAUCUGCUCUAGUAAUGGGAGCAGUGGCAGCCGGAUCUGCUCACCCAGACCUUGUUCCAGCUCCUCCUGGCAGGUAGACAACUGCCAGGAGAGCUGCUGUGAGCCCCCCUGCUGUGCCCCCAGCUGCUGUGCCCCGGCCCCCUGCCUGACCCUCGUCUGCACCCCAACAAACUGCAUGUGCAGCCCCUGCUGCCAGGCAGCUUGUGAACCCAGCCCCUGCCAGUCAGUGUGCACCAGCUCCUGCAUACCCUCAUGCUGCCAGCAGUCUAGCUGCCAGCCAGCUUGCUGCACUUCGUCUCCCUGCCAACAGGCCUGCUGCAUGCCCAUCUGCUGCAAACCCACGUGCUGUGUGCCUGUCUUCUCUGGGGCUUCCUCUUCAUGCUGCCAGCAGUCUGGUUGCCAGCUGGCUUGCUACUCCUCCUCCCCCUGCCAGCAGGCCUGCUGCGUGCCUGUCUGCUACAAGCCUGUGUGCUGCAGACCAUUAUCCUGUGUGUCUCUGCUGUGCCACCCCGUAUGCAGAUCUGCUUGCUGGGUGCCCACUUCCUCCUGUUGUACCCCUGCCUCCUGCUGCCAGCCCAGCAACUGCUGCCCAACCUCUUCUGUGUCCCUGCUCUGCCACCCCACUUGCACCCGCCUGGCCUGCUGUGGCCUCUCCUUGGGCCAAAAGUCCUGCUGCUGA